CCACCCCUCCUUCACCCCCAGGUUCUUCCCAGCCCCAUCAUCAGCUCCAAUGGGCCGGGAGAGGACAAAUUGUUCCGGAGCCAGAGCGCGGACGUGGAGAUAAGCACGGAGAAGGAGAGGCUGAAGAAGAUGCUCUCGGAGGGCUCAGUGAGCGAGGUGCAGUGGGAGGCCGAGUUCUUCAGCCUCCAGGACAACAACAACAAGCUGGUGGCCGCUCUGCACGAGGCCAAUGCCAACGUGGACCAGUGGAAGAAGCAGCUGCUGGCGUACCAGGAGGAGACGGAAUCGCUGCGCCAGCGGGUGGCAGAGCUGGAGUCGCAGGGGACGCAGGAUUCCUCCAGCGACAACAACAAGGAGGAGCUGAGCCAAACCCUGGAGGAGCUGGAGCUGCUGCUCAAGGCUAAGGAUGAGGAGAUCCAGAUGCUGAAGAGCCAGAAGUGUGGCCGCUGGGAGGCCGAGGGGGAGCGCGAGGAGACGCUGCAGAAGCUGCAGGAGCUGGAGGCCCGGAAUGCAGAGCUGGAGCAGCGUCUUCACCUGGCUGAGCAGACCCUGGCAGAGAGCCUGGCCGAGAGGGAGAAGAUGCACAGCGAGGUCACCAAGGUGGCCGAGAUCAUGGAUGUGAAGAUCUUCGAGCUCAGCGAGCUCAGGCAGGGGCUGGCCAAGCUGGUGGAGAGCAACUGAGCAGCUCCAGAGGCGGAGGAGCCCCCCGGAGCAGGGGCAGCCCCAGCUGGGCCCGGGCACCGACAGCUCCUGAGGGCACGGAGCGGCCUCAGCGCCCGGCCGGGCAGGAUUUGCCACCCCACCAGCAGCUGCCUGCACAGAGUGGACACCAGAGCAGCCACUCGCUGCCCAGCGAGCCCCCAGAGCAGGGCACAGAGGACUGGAGCUCCUGAACUCUCUCCAGGGAGCAUCCAAAUCCUCUCCAGGGAGCACCUGAACCUCCAAAUCCUCUCCAGGGAGCACCUGAAUCCAAAAAUCCUCUCCAGGGAGCACUCAAAUCCUUUCUAGAGAGCACCUGGACCCCCACA